AUGCGUGCAGAAUUUGAGGUCUUGGCGAAAGCAUACCCUACGUGGGUUUUCUUGCGUGCGGACAUCGUUCAGCUUCCCGGAGUUGCCAGGCGAUGGGCGGCCACGCGCGUGCCUUGCUACAUCUUCUUCUGGAAAGGAGUGGAGGAGACUCAAUUUGCCGGUGCAUCUGGCAGGAAGCUGCGCGAAGUCCUGGAAGAUUGCUCCUUGCUUGGACCAGCCCCGGCAGCGGCCCAUGCCGAUCCGGCUGGCCGCGUCAGAGACUGGAAGAUGCCUAAAAAUGAGGCCUAG